GAAGAAGCGAAUAUAAGGUGAUAUCUCAAGUGCAUUAUCAUCUCAAAUCACUGCUGUCGACUGAGCAAUCAGACCUAAUUAUCAAACAGAGAUGUUUCGGUGGUGUCCGUCUCCUCUAUGCACCCUUAUCUUCAUCCUCAUUUGUAUGGUGUCCACAAACUCCUCUUCUCCUAUUGGCCACAGGAAGUCGCUGUCCUUCUCCAAUUCAUUGCGCCUCACACGCACUGUUCGGGCGCGCGUCCAACAACUGCUGUCCCGCUAUAAACAACAGCUGUUUGGUGACGAGCUCUUCGAAUACAGAGAUAUGAAGCUGAGUUCACUUCCUGCAGUGACUGUCAGUUAUCAGACCUGGCUAAACAUGCAGGACACAGAGCGUUUGCGUUUGGCCUCUAACAACCUCCAAAGUUUCUGGACUCACCUGGAAAUUCAGCGUCAGCAGCUGGAGAGAGAGAGGGAUGCGAUGAAGGAAAGAAGAGGCAAAAGAGGGAAGCCCCAGUCCAGCUUGCGCCAAAAAUUUGUUAGUCUGCAAAUAGAUCUGCGAGACCUAAUGAAACAAGUCAGCUCUCAGUUGAACAGUCUGAGUACCACUGAAUCUACAAAAACCCCACUUCUCCAUCCCCUGCACGCAACUUCAUCUUCCGGUCCGCUUCCCAGCAUGCAUCAUUCCACAGAGAGGCCCACUGUACUCCAGACCCCAACAGGGACAGAUAAUCAUCGCAGCUCUGCACACUCCUCUACACAAUCUACUACAGUGAUGGAGAGGACCUCUCUCAGCCUCCCACAGCCCACCCUGGCCUCAGAAGGCUUUAUUUUUACGGGAAGAUCAGUGGACACCCAGCAGACAACAACAGCAGAGACGUCCCGCUGGAUUCAGCAUCUGAAAGGGUAUGUGAUACUGAGAGAUCUGGAACGCUACUUGAGAAGAUUGGCGCGAGAUUAUGCUGUGCUCCAAGCCAAAUACUGACAAACAUGCAAGUAAAUCAACAAAGCCAGAAAAAAGAGAAAAAAACCAAGUAUUGCACAAAUAUUACACAGAAAAAAUUAUAAAACAAAACCAAGAAAAGACAUAAUUGAAUGCACUAACAUUCAUAUCCAUAAACAUUCUCAUGUCAGUUUCUGUUUACCUUGUUUUUUUAUUAUUUUAUUUAUGAAAAUAAUUUAUUACGAUUUUUGUAUUUACUGUAUGUUUACAAGUAACUGAACUCAUACUUGCCGCACUUUUAACUGCAUUUCUGUAUUUUAUAUUUAAGUAUUUCGAGUAUUUGCAAUGUAUUUGAUAAGUUUCAGAGGUCGAGUAUAUAAGCAGGCAGCUAGUGUGGGUUAUCAUGAGAUUGUCAAACAGUGUUAUUGAACCAUUAAGUAUUUUUUAGAUAAUACAAUUAUUAUACCUGAAUG